GUCGUGGGCUAAGAUACGAUCACCAGUCACCUGGCUCGAUGCUAACGAGCUCAAAUGGAAUGAUUAUACUAGACGGAGAAGUCGAUCACCCUCUAGCACACCCCAGACAGGUACUAAAUGUCAUCAAGGGGAACGAUUUCCUCCAUUGCCAAUAGAAGUGGUCUGGGACGAGCCCUUGCAGUCAGAGCGGCAAAGGAUGAGGUGUGUGAUAAUCCGAUCGAGUGAUCGUCAUGGCCGUGGGGAUCUCGGCCUCAUCGGAGGCAUCGAAGGCGUCGAUGAGUGUUUAUCCGGGAUAUAUUACAAUAAGAUGAGCCGAAAUACUCUGGGAGUCUGCCACCAAGCGUGUCGGCCAAAGUAUGAGAAACUAACCGACCCGAUUUCCAGCGACCAUUCGUGGCGCAUAUUCACCAUUCACCAUUCAUCCUGGCGAGGUGCUGGCUUCCGACGCGUUUCUCAAGCUCACUUUUGACGUUCUGAUUCAGCUAGGCUCAGACU